ACCGACCUGUGUAUUUAUCUGAGCGGAGAAGAAGUGGAUCCUUACAACAACAUCCGGCUAACAAGCUAAUUACACUUAAAUACACACAGACACCAGGCGGCGCUAUGGCGGGACGGAGGCACCAGGGUCAAGGUGCGGCUCAAACACCCGGGGACAACGUUGACGCUUCGAUGUUACAGGAAGCCGUGGCCGAUUUACUUAGGUCCAACAUGGUGCGCAUACAAGGAGCUGAUCACUUCAUGAAAAUAUUAUCCACUGGUGUCUUCAAUACUAAGCCCUUCUACCCCGAAGAAGACUUCUCAUAUUCAGAUGUCAGUGAUUGUGAUGAUGAUGAUGAUGAUGAUGAAGAUGAUGGUUUUUAUUCACACAAAGCUGCUCAUCAACCUAAAGAGCCACAUUCACGAAUUACAGAACUCACUGAUGAGAUGGCUGAUAAACUAGAAAUGAUAACAAAAGCAGAAGACGAGCGAUGCAAGGAGAAAAAGGAGAAGAACAAGCGUAAAAAAAUGCGUAAAAAAGAAAAGAAACGAGUAGAAAAGGAGAAUGCAGUCCAAAACAUUUUACCUGAGGAGGAAUCAGGCAAGUCUGACUCCUCCAAAAUUCAGGAAGAAAGUCCUUCUACUGAAAAUAAUGCAGAAGCAAAUAAGUCCCCAGAAUGUGAUAAAACUCCAAAUGCAACCGAGGCUGCUGGACGAGAAAUUCUUGCUACAAUUAAUAUGAAAGAAGAAGAAGAAGAAAAGGAGUUGGAUUUCAAUAAUUCAUAUGCUGUUAAAUCGGUGCCCGAAGAGACAUGUAACCAGAAGCCUGCACAGAAAAGCAAAUUAGUGGAAGUUCCGCAGCUCAAGGAGGAGAAGCCUAAAGUUGUGGAAAAUCCUGUGGUUCAAAAGAAAAAGGAGGAGAAACAUGAGGCCAAUGAAGAGAAAACAACAGAUCCAACCGCAGAGGAGCACGCAAAGAGAAGCAGAGAGCUGGCUGGUACAGGCAAUCGUUUGGCGGCUUCCGGGCAGUUUGAGAUGGCGAUUAAAUGCUUUACUGACGCCAUUAAAUUCAACCCAAGGGAAUACAGGUUGUUUGGAAAUCGGUCCCUCUGUUAUGAAAGAACGGAGCAGUUUGAAAAUGCUCUCAGAGAUGCUGAUCUGGCACUCUGCAUGGCGCCAAACUGGAUAAAAGGUUUAUUCAGGAAGGGGAAAGCUCUGUGUGGGCUCAAGAGAUACUAUGAGGCCUCGCUGAUCUAUGAGGAGGUGCUGCAGCUGGAGAGUUCGAGUGCUGAAGCCAAGCAAGAGUUGAAACGAGCACAGACACUGCACCUCAUGGAAAUGGGCUUCAGCUGGGCACAGAGCAACGAGGCCCUGAAAACUCACGUCACGUUAGAGGAAGCUGUGGAAGCUCUGUUUGCUGGUCACAAUACUCCUCAAGGUGCCGGUGUCAGCGAGGACAAUACAGACGAACCCUCGCUGCAGGAAGACGAGGGCGAGGACGAAGAGUGGACCGUCCUACAAGCAAAUCGUUCCAGAGGGCAGCAGGUCAAAGUGUCUGGUCUGAUUUCUGAUCCGCUGCAAAACGGAUCGAAAUCUGAGUCGCCGACUCGUCAUUUGAGGGGUUCUGUGAAACCGGAGCUUUUCUCCAUUUGGGUUGGCUCCUUGGCUCCGGCCGUCACCUACGCUUUACUUCAUGAGCUCUUCAGCAGAGUUGGAGUGAUCUACAGCAUCAAGAUGCUGCUGGAACACGAAUGUGCCUUUGUUAACUACACAAGAAUGGAAGACUGUGACCGAGCAAUCCAGUGUUUUAAUGGGAUGGUUUUAGAAGGGGCUCUGCUCACUGUGCGAUAUCCCAUCAAAGGCCACGGUGGACUUAAUCUGUACAAAAAGGAGUGCUUCUUCUGGAGGACCACAGGCUGCACGAGGCAGGACUGCACCUUCAAACACGUCCCUGAGCACAAGAACAUCGACAGGGACAAGUUCACCAAACGACUGGGAUACGCUAACAUAUCGUAAUGAGUUUACAGUGAGAUAAACACGAUGUUGUGAUGGAAGGACUCACACAAUAGAGGAGGCAUCUGCGUCCGUCUCGGCCCGACCCUGCUGGAUCCCUUUGUUGCUCUGUGAGAUGAAUACAGUAAUUGUCACAAUGAGAAAUUGACCUUCCCUUUUAAUCUAGACAGAGGCCCCCUUAACAAGUUAAAAUAAACCCAAUUAAGGAAUUGAUUGCUUGCUUUCAUUUUCCUCAUCUGCAUCAGGGUCAUAUAGAGAAGAUAAAUGAACGUCUAGUCUUUUGUCCACACUGUCCUCCCUGCUGCUGGAGAAUCUGACCCGAGCAGGACAGACGUCUUUAUUCUCCUCCUCCUCCACAAACUGAUCAUCUGCUGUUAAACAUCCUUCGUUCUGCUGUUCAAACACAGGUUUUUAUGUUAAUUAGAUUGUUUAAUGGAUCAUUAAAAUGAGAAAUAAACCUGGAUUCAAACCUUGAGGAAACCGCAGGAUGCUGUGGUAACAAGUGGAAUGUGGCCUCUUAGAAUAAAAAG